GUUAUUCCUGCAGAAGUUGCCAAGCAGACUGAGAAUGACUUGGAUAAACGCAAUUUUGAAAAUUUGGGUCAACAAGAGGCACCUUCAAUUUUCGAUAAUUCUGGUCCGAAUUCACCUGAGGAUAGAACUCCGAAAGUGGCUGCAAAGGAACCAACUUAUAUAUGCGGAUCCCAGUUAAAGGAACUCAAAGAAAGCAACAAUAUCGUAACAUUUCCGAUACAACGUGGUGUGACCAAUUUUAUGGUCAUCAUUGAUAGACGUCACGUUAUUUUGAAGGAAUUAAACAUCAAAAGAGCUCGCAAAAAAUGUCCAGUGCUUAUUACAGUCCCUAAUAGUUGGGCAAAAGAACAUUUUGAACGAAUAGCACAUAUUUUUUUCGAAACUUUUAAUGCACCUGGACCUUAUAUUGCCAAUCAAGCUUUGAUGACUCUGUACGGUAUUGAUUGUCUUAGCGGCCUUGUAAUUGAUGUUGGAUAUGGUAAAAAUGCAGCAUUGAAAGAAAAUAUUCAUCAAAAUCUUGACCAGCAAUUUGAACUCGUAAGAACACUCAAGGAAUCUGAUAUUUGUGAGUUUACAAUUGAUCUUGAACGUUUCCAAGUUGUCGAACCUAUUUUCGACCCUCUUCUAAUUGAGGCUAUUUAUCGGGCAAUAUCCUAUUGCGAGCCAGACAAACGAACUACAUUAUGGGAUAAUAUUGCUUUUACUGGCGGUUCAUCUUUACUUAAAGAUUUGAAUAAGCGAAUUUUAAUCUGA